AUGGGCCUCAUGACGACAUCCGACUGGUACCUGCAUGGCCAUCCCGUCACUGACCAGCAUCAGGACGUGGGUAUACAAUGUAUUGUGGAGGGCAUGGUGUGCGAUGCCUGCAGCAGCCGCACCGAGAACACCCUGGUCCAGCGGUCCGAUGUGGAGACGGCCAGCGUGAAUCUCGAGGCAGGGCUGGCGGAGGUUGUGGUCGACAGCAGCACCAGCGAGGCAGAGCUGGUGGAAGCCGUGGAGAGCCUGGGGUUUGCAGUGAGUGUGGCAUGA